GAGGGCGUGACAUGCCGUUACAAUAUUCCUGCAUUGCGCUGUCUCUCUCCCUUCCUGUUCCUGUUUUUCCCAUAUAUAUAUAACAGAACUGUGUGGUCAUUCCGCACUCUCUCAGCAUGCAGUCUGUACUGAGAUAUUUGGACCUGGGUUCUGCAGGCCUGGCCUUGUUACUCUGCCUCGUCUCUCUGGUUCUGCUGGAGAUCUUCAGGUUGAGUUCCUCCAAGAGCCGUAAUCCUCCUGGACCCACACCACUUCCGUUCGUGGGGAACAUACUCCAGUUCAUGAAGGACCCAUUGAACGCUACUAGAUCGACGGUGCAGUACGGUGACCUGUGCUCGGUGUACAUCGGCAGGAGGCCGAUGAUCGUGCUGAAUAACAUCGAGGUGGUGAAGGAGGCACUGGUCCAGAAGGGUACCGUGUUCUCCGGGAGGCCGUACAUGCCUUUAAUACACUGGAUCACCAAUGGCUACGGUAUCUUAGCUGUCACGUACGGCCACAUGUGGAAGCAGCAGCGGCGUUUUGCUCUCCACACGCUACGCAACUUCGGUCUGGGGAAGAAAACGGCGGAGGAACGCGUGGCAGAGGAAGCACAAUGUCUUAUUACAGAGAUGCUCAAACAUGAAGGGAAAGCUUUUAACCCCAUGCACCCCAUAAUGAACGCCGUGUCCAACAUCAUCUGCUCCAUCGUCUUCGGAGAUCGCUUCGACUACGACAACAAGCGCUUCGCUAAGCUCCUGGAAAUCCUGAACGAAAACAUUCGUCUCUCUGGCUCGCCUGUGGGAUUGAUCUUCAACUUACUCCCUUUUAUAAAAUACCUCCCUGGUCCGCACCAGAAGAUCCGUCGGAAUGCCAGGGCUUUGGUAGAGUUCAUAAGAGAAGCGAUGGAGGAGCACAGGUCGACUCUGGACACGGAGAACCUGCGUGACUUCAUCGACGCCUACCUGGUGGAGAUAAGCAAGCAAGAGACGAACGAAGAUUCGACGUUUCACGAGGAGAACCUGCUGAUGUCUACCGCCGAUCUUUUCCUUGCGGGAACUGAGACCACGUCCACCACUCUCAGAUGGGGUCUGAUUUUCAUGAUGAACCAUCCAGAAAUACAAGAGCGCUGUCAUGAGGAGAUCAUCCGUGUGCUUGGUUACGAUCGCGCUCCCAGCAUGGACGACCGCGUGAGCCUGCCGUACACACACGCCACUGUACACGAGAUCCAGCGCUUUGGGAACAUCGUUCCCCUCGGCGUAAUUCACCAAACCACGGAGACGACGCAGCUACGAGGAUAUACCAUCCCCAAGGAAACUGAGAUUUCUGCCAAUUUAAUGGCGAUAAUGCUGGAUAAGGAGCACUGGAAACACCCGGAUACGUUCAACCCCGAGAACUUCCUGGACGAGAACGGCCAGUUCUGCAAAAAUGAGUACUUCCUGGCUUUUUCUCUGGGUCCGAGGGUGUGUCUCGGCGAGUCCCUCGCGAGGACGGAGCUCUUCAUCUUCUUCACGUCUCUCCUGCAGAAGCUGCGGUUCUCCUGGCCACAUGAUGCCCCGCCCAUCGAUAUGGAUGGCGAACUGGGUGUGGUCAGGAUGGCCCACCCCUUCAAUAUGAUUUGCCGUAGUAGGGAGGGUUCGGUGCCGAGUUCACCCGUAACACCCGGAUUAUCUUCAUUACGUAACAAUCAGAUGUGAAACACCGCAACUGCUUUUAUAUCUUGAUUAAUAUUUGUAAAUCAAAGUGAUUUUACUGACAUAAAUUCUAAAAUAUCUCACCUGGA